AUGAGUGUAGAGGACGGGGGUGUGCCAGGCCUGGGCCAUCCCAGGCAGGCCCGCUGGACCCUGAUGCUACUCGUGUCCACUGCCAUGUACGGUGCCCAUGCCCCAUUGCUGGCACUGUGCCACGUGGAUGGCCGUGUGCCCUUCCGACCCUCUUCGGCUGUAUUGCUGACUGAACUGACCAAGCUGCUGCUGUGCGCCUUCUCCCUCCUGGUGGGCUGGCAAGCAUGGCCCCAGGGGACCCCACCCUGGCGCCAGGCCGCCCCAUUCGCACUAUCAGCCCUGCUCUACGGCGCCAGCAACAACCUGGUGAUCUACCUUCAACGUUACAUGGACCCCAGCACCUACCAGGUGCUGAGCAAUCUCAAGAUUGGAAGCACAGCCCUGUUCUACUGCCUCUGCCUCCGACACCGCCUCUCUGCACGCCAGGGCUUAGCACUGCUGCUGCUCAUGGCAGCAGGAGCCUGCUAUGCAGCUGGUGGCCUCCAGGACCCUGGGAACACCCUUCCUGGGCCCCCUUCAGCAGCUGCUGUAGGCCCCAUGCCCCUGCAUAUCAGCCCACUGGGACUGCUGCUUCUCAUCCUGUACUGCCUCAUCUCAGGCUUGUCUUCCGUGUACACAGAGCUGCUCAUGAAGCGACAGCGGCUGCCCCUGGCACUUCAGAACCUCUUCCUCUACACUUUUGGUGUGCUCCUGAACCUAGGUCUGCAUGCAGGUGGCGGCCCCGGCCCAGGGCUCCUGGAGGGUUUCUCAGGAUGGGCAGCACUCGUAGUGCUGAGCCAGGCGCUAAAUGGGCUGCUCAUGUCAGCUGUCAUGAAGCAUGGCAGCAGCAUCACACGCCUCUUCGUUGUGUCCUGCUCGCUAGUGGUCAAUGCCGUGCUCUCAGCAGCCCUGCUGCAGCUUCAGCUCACGGCUGCCUUCUUCCUGGCCACGCUGCUCAUUGGCCUGGCUGUGCGCCUGUACUAUGGCAGUCGCUAG